AUGUCUGAUAUUGGAGCAAAUCUCUCUUCCAGAGUCGGGAAACAUCAUCACCGUCGUGCCGAGUCUUGUGACGGCGUAGACGGAUAUGAAUGCUUCACCGAUAUUUCUCACCGCUGGGGCCAAUACUCCCCAUACUUCUCAGUUGAGGAGGACAGCGUCUCAAACUCCGUGCCUGACAGAUGCGAGGUCACUUUCGUCCAAGUCUUAUCUCGACACGGCGCUCGGUAUCCAACGGCUUCAAAGAGCUCAAAGUAUGCCGAGUUGAUCAAGACCAUUCAGGCCAACGCCACCGCAUACCACGGAAAAACCGCCUUUCUCAAGUCCUACAACUACACCAUGGGCAGCGACGACUUGACCUCUUUCGGCGAGCGUCAAAUGGUCAACUCCGGCAUCAAGUUUUAUGAACGAUAUGCCGCCCUAGCGCGGGAUCACAUCCCAUUUGUUCGCUCAUCAGGCUCAUCGCGUGUUAUCGAAUCCGGCAAAUACUUUAUACAGGGACUCCAACAAACCAAAGCAAAGGAUGCCAGAGCUGAAUCCAACCAGGCUUCCGCAACCAUCAAUGUUGUCAUUUCCGAAGACGCAGGAUCAAACAAUACCCUCAACCACAAUACCUGCCCAGCCUUCGAAGCAAGCGAGCUCGGCGACGAUAUCGAAGACGCAUACACAAAGCAGAUCACCCCCUCAAUUGCUGUACGCCUGGAGAAGAAUCUACCGGGUGUAUCUCUAACCGAUGACCAAGUCAUCUAUCUAAUGGACAUGUGCCCCUUCGACACCAUCUCCACCACAGAAGACGGAAGCAUCCUCUCCCCUUUCUGCAACCUAUUCACCUCCUCCGAAUGGAGCCAAUACAACUAUCUCCAAUCACUAGGCAAGUAUUACGGCUACGGCGCCGGAAAUCCCCUCGGCCCCAGCCAAGGAGUUGGUUUCGUGAACGAAUUGAUCGCGAGAAUGACACACACGCCCGUGCAUGACUCGACGACCACGAACCGCACCCUCGACGCACCGGGCGCUGCUUCUUUCCCGGUCAACAAGGCCAUUUACGCCGAUUUUACCCAUGAUAAUGGUAUGAUUCCGAUCUUUUUCGCCUUGGGUUUGUAUAAUGGUACCGCGCCGCUUUCGACUGAACAUGUUCAGUCGGCCGCUGGGUCGGGUGGGUACUCUGCUGCUUGGGCUGUACCGCUUGGUGCGCGGGCUUAUUUUGAGAUGAUGAGCUGUCGUGGUGAGGCUGAGCCUUUGGUUCGGGCUAUUGUUAAUGAUCGUGUUGUGCCGUUGCAUGGGUGCGCCGCUGAUGGGCUGGGGAGGUGUCGGAGAAGUGACUUUGUGAAGGCGCUUAGUUUUGCGAGGGCUGGGGGUGAUUGGAAUGCCUGCUAUGCGUGA